UCAAGAGGCAUUUAGUUACGAUGAUAAUAAAUUCACCGCCUAUCAUGUCCCAUCUCCUCCUCUUGGCAAUAACUUUACUCUUAUCUCCUGCACAAGCAAUAACACAUCUCCGCAUCCUCCCUCUCGGGGACUCAAUAACCUGGGGCUAUGGCAGCACGAACGGCUCUGGUUAUCGAGCUCCCUUGCUCACUCUGCUCACUUCACCUAACUCCACUUUUACAACUUCAAAACCAAAAAUAACCUACAUCGGUUCAGUGACCUCCGGAAACCUCCCUCCACCAAACAAUGCCAAUGAAGGACACGUUGGAGCUCUGAUCUCACAAAUCGGCGACUACGCAAAAGUCCCCCUAAGUUGGAAUGGAACAUUAGAAGGAGACAUCGUAUUGCUCAUGGCCGGGACGAACGACAUGUUCAACGCGAACAUCUCGCCUAAUGGAGCACCUGGGCGAUUGGGGGCUCUCAUUGACGAAAUCGUCACUGCGUGGCCAAAAGCGGCAGUUUUGGUAGCAACUUUAACGCCGUCUGCAAUUAAUACUACACAAGAUAAUAUUGAGGUCUUUAAUGGGCAGGUGGCGGGUGUCGUGAGUAAGAGGGCGAAGGCGGGGAAUAGGACAUUGGUCGUAUCGAUGUCUAAAGUUACGGUGGGAAUGGAAGUCGAUGGUCUCCACCCUGAUGAUGUGGGCUACACUCUUAUGGCACAAGGGUGGUAUAAGGGGCUUUUGGAAGCGAAAUCGAAGGGGUGGGUUGAUGGGGUGGCGAGUGGAGCUGCUUUGAUGGGAGGAGCGGGCUGGCUGAUGUGGUUUCCGGUUGUCUCAUUGGUUUUACUGGUUGGUGUAUAGAGGAAAUAGGCUUCUGCUUCUGACAUAAACCUAUGAAUAGCAGCAUAAAUGAUAAUGAGUAUGAAAUAUUGGGAAGGCUAU